AUGGCAUCAUCGACUGCGCUCCCAAACGAGCUCGUCGUCUUCGUGAUCAACGGCCUCGACCGAGUCCAAGACCUCGCGGCGCUCGCGCUCACCAACCGCCACCUGUAUAGUCUUGCGAACGUGCAUCUGUACAAGCGCGCGGCCCAAUGCGAUGAUGCACGCCCGCUGGCUUGGGCCGCCAACCGCGGCAUCCUGUCGACCCUGCGCAUGGCCCUCGCGGCCGGUGCGGACCCGAAUGCUGAGCUGGUCGAAUUUAUCUCGACGGGGGAGUGGGAGGCUGUGACGGCCACGGCCCGGGCAGAUGCGACGGCGGGCCGGGAGAAGACGCCGUGGGCGAUGUGGGAAGUGAACAACCGGCCGUGGAAUGCCCAAGGCCAAGUCACUGCUGCUUCCGGUACCCACAACGGUGGGGUGCAUGGUCACAACCAGGGCGAGAGAGGGAGCACGCCGUCGAGUACGGCCACGACGAUUGCACCAUCGCCCCAACCCGCCAGCACAUCCGACCAGGACUCGGUCGUCUCCUCCGAGGAAGAUCUAUCGGAGCGAGAGGAUGCCACGCCAGCAACAGAACGCUCGCCCACGCCCACGCCGUGCAUGCUGGCACGCCGGUACCGUGCCAUCCACCUGGCCGCCCGCUCUGGUCACGACGACGUGCUUGAGCUGCUACUCCGCCACGGCGCGCUCGUUGAUGCGCCCUCGGAACGAUUCUGCGCCUGCACACAGCAAUACGGCCUGCUCAACAUGCUCGAGAGCCCGGACCCGGAUGCGCAAAACCCGCUCUGGACCCCGCUCCACGCGGCCAUCUGCCACCGGCACACCUCUACCGCGAAACUGCUCCUCGCCCACAAAGCGAGCCCCAUGAUGGAACCCCUCCCCUCCCUAGAAAUCCCCGGGUUCGUGGCCGCGUACGCAACCAGCCCCGAACCCAUACACUUCGGCGCGUCGGCCCUGCACCACGCAGCCGCGUUCGGCCUAACGGAGCUUGUCACGUAUCUGCACACCACCGCCCGCAUCCUCCCCGACAUCGACAUCCUCCAAGACAAAAACUAUCUCACCCCCUUCUACUACGCCGUCGCCAACCGCCGCUGGUCCUCCACCGUCCCGCAGCUCCUCCAACUCGGCGCCAACAUCCACUGCGAAAUCAGAAUGUACAUCCCCUACACCGCCAUCACCCCGCUCGGCGAAGCCUGUCGCCUAGGCCACUUCCCCAUCGCCGACCGGCUCCUCGCCCUCGGCGCCGACCCUUCCAGGGGUUUCAUCGCGCUCACCUCGGGCGGCUGCCUCACCCCGCUGCACAUGUGCUGUAUGCGCUCGGCGCAGGCCGUCGGGGAACCGCGCGAAAACGGGGAUGACGACGAGGAGCGCGGGAAAGCGCGGAUGGCGACGAUGGAGAAAUUGGUGAAAGGGGGCGCGAAGACGGAUGCGAUGGAUUGUUUUGGGGACACGCCGUUGUCGGCGGCGGAGAAGGCGCAGAAUGUGUUUGCGCUGGAGGCGUUGGAGCGGUUGAGUUUAGAGGAUAAGGAGGUGGAGCAUACACCAGAGGGCAAGGAAGGGAAGGUUGGGGGGUUGUUAAGCUGA